GGUGUGAUGUUUCCUGGGCGUCGUUCCUCAACGCUGGACAUGAUGGCGGCUCAUAUAUUGACUUCUGUGCUCCUUUGUUGUGUUUUGGCUCUUCCUGGUUUGGUGGCACCUAAACCUUUGCUUUCUGUGACAUGCCGUGAGGACAGUGUGACGGUGGCGGCCAACAUGUCUGUCCAGCACAUCAACCGACAUCACAAGCAUGGCUACAAGUUCAGCCUGCAUGAGGUCCAAAGAAGCAAUUACCAACAGUUUUCUGGAGGUUGCCACAUUGAUGUGAAUGUGAAGCUGCUGCAGACCAAAUGUCACUUUACCAACCCCAAACCUGUGGACCAAUGCGAGCUGUGGCAAAGGAACGAACGGGGCGCAAUGGCCACCUGCAGUGUUAAGUUUUGGGUCAUGUGGGGUGCGGCCAAAAUCACCCGAUACGAAUGCUCCACCAGACCAGACCACACCAAAGAUGAGAUGAUGACCCUUUGUCCUUCCUGCCCCAAGUUGUUGUCCCUCAAUGACAAGACUGGUGUCAGCGCCGUGCAAGAGGCGGUGGUCAGGUUCAAUCAGCAGAUGAACCACCACCAUUACUUCACCCUGCUCGAAGUGGCUCAGCUAACUGAGGAGCACAUCAUGACCAUCGGAACCAUCACCUCGCUCAAGUUUGCCCUAGUGGAGACCACAUGCCCCCGAGAGGCCACGCAUACUUUUGCGGCCUGCACGCCUCUCUGCCCUGACCGAGCUAAUCACGCCUACUGCCAAACCGCCUAUUACAACGCUCACAGACAAGUGGGAGAACUUGAGUGUGAAAUCUACCCUCCAAAGAAUUCAGAGACAAUCCCAGCUGGCGAGCCGGAGCCUGUUUGCAUGCCGCUGUUCCACCAGAGUGCGGAAGCUUGCACGUGCAAGGAACAGCUGAAAAAUUCUGAGCCGUCCAUCCACAGCAUUUGUCCCUUUCCACUAAAAUGAUGUAAUCACUCUUUCAAAUCAAAUAAAUUGACCUGCCAUUUG